AUGGGUUGGUUCUUUCGAUCCGAGUUCUUUGACUUUGAGUUCCUCCGAGUCAUCGGCACUGCCCCUGUACAAGGGGCCGAGAUAGGUGAAUGCCUAGCUGCCAAAUCUUGCAUCCAAGAUGGCAAUAUCGACAGCUGGCAUGAAACAUGGGUUAGAUUUGGCAAAAUGGCAGACAGCCUCGGAGCCCAAGCCCUAGAAGUCAAGGAUCACGAAGCAGCUCGAUGGGCCUUUCUUCGAGCUUCAAACUACUGGAGAGCAAGUGAGUUCUUCCUGCACUGCAAUCCCACCGAUCCGAAAAUCUGCGAAGUCUUCGAGAAGAGCGUGGCAAGUUUCCGACAGGCGAUCAAGCUAUUCGACGGAGAAGUUCCGCUUCUGGAAAUUCCUUUCGAGGACAUGGUCUUGCCUGGCUACCUCUUCCUCCCACCGGCGCAUAAGCAACUCCCUGGUGGCACACCACUUCUGAUCCACACCGGUGGAUUUGAUUCCAUCGGCGAGGAGCUCUACUUCUAUGUUGCUUCCGGAGCGACCAACCGGGGCUACGCCGUUCUCAUAUUCGACGGGCCGGGUCAGGGGGCUGUUUUGCGUCAGCAGAAACGCCGUUUCCGGCCUGACUGGGAAGUUGUGAUCUCCCGUGUUCUUGACUAUGUGACUGGGGGCGCCAUCCCAUCAGCCUACCGGAUUGAUAUCGACCGCAUUGCGAUCUUCGGGGCAUCAAUGGGCGGUUAUCUGGCGCUACGUGGAGCAGCCGACUCUCGGAUCAAAGCAUGCGUUUCCUGCGAUGGAUUCUACGAUAUGUUCGACAUUACUCGGACGCGCAUGCCUUCCUGGUUCAUCAAUAGCUGGAUAUCAGGAUGGAUGAGUGACUCCGUCUUCAAUUCGGUUGUGGCCGUGUUGUCCCGUCAAAGCUUCCAACUGGCCUGGGAGUUCGGACACAGCAUGUGGGUCUAUGGAGAUGCCACGCCAGCGGAUGUAAUGCGCACCAUGCAGACAUUCACUCUAAAGCAGUCAGACGGCUCGGAGUUUCUCCAUAAGAUCCGUGGGGCGGUCCUUGUUACUGGGGCGCAGGACACCAUGUACUUCACGCCUGAUCUGAAUGCGCGCCGAAUCUUCGCCCGCCUCGACCAUUUACCUGAACACCGGAAAGACCUGUGGGUGCCCACGGGUGUGGACCUCGGGGGCCUACAAGCAAAGAUUGGCGCAAUUGGCAUGAAACAGCAGCGUAUGUUUGCGUGGCUGGAUCAACAGUUGGAAAUUCGCCGAUGA